UUCAUGGCAAUACAGGAACUCGGUCUAGUUCGGAUAAGACUUUCUUGAUUUUUUUAAAUUUAAAAACACGUUGUGGCUCCAUAUUUAUCAAAGACGAGAAGUCGCGUACAGAGAAGCAAGGGCAAGCAGCUCAUAAAUGUGAAUAAAAUUACCCAACUCAUUUUGGCAGUGAAAUGAAGCAAGUUUAUCCAUCUUAAUGAAUCUUCUUCAGAAUCUUCUAAUGAAGACGAAUACAGCAUAAACCUUGGUUACAUUGUGAAGAAAAAGGAAUAUUUCUAGGAUUUGCCAAAUUAAGCGCGAGAACUCGUUGAGACGAGUCGAGAAAAUAUUGAAUAUUGACGAAGGCCGAGACCAGCGUAUCACGCCACUAGUACAUCAUGUAGAGGUUUAUAAAGAAAUUAAGUUUACCAUAAGAUCAGUCAGGAGUAUAACCACGGAGCAUAAAUCCCCCUUUUCUGGCUUCCAAUAUGAAUUUAAGCAACGGGACUUUGGACGUGUACCAAAACUCGGAGGGACUAGAUUUACCCUAUGCUGUGAUAACAGGAAUUGUGCUUUUCAGUAUUUUAUUUAUGACAGUUUUUGGAAAUCUUUUAGUUUUAAUUGCAGUGGCCAUUAAUGAAAAUCUGCGACACACAACGAACUACUUUAUUGUUAAUUUAGCUUGUGCGGACCUUCUUCUGGGUUUGUCUGUGUUGCCUUUUUCGGCCACAUUAGAUAUUUUGGGUUACUGGCCUUUCGGGUCAGUCAUGUGUAUUUUCUGGACUUCUGUGGAUGUAUUGUGGUGUACAGGAUCCAUAAUUACCCUAUGUGUUAUCAGUGUGGACCGCUACAUUGGAAUUACUAAACCUUUACAACAUGGAAUUAUUAUGUCUGAAAAACGAGCUUGCUGGAUUAUCUCCCUUGUUUGGGUUGUCUCGCUUGCCAUUUCCAUUGGUCCUGUAUUUGGAUGGCGGCACGAUCGGAAAGUAGUUCAGACCAGUUGUCACGUGAAUAAGGAACCAGCAUAUGUUAUAUUUUCAGUGACGGGAUCAUUUUACAUCCCCAUGUUUGUUAUUGUAUUUGUUUACUGUAGGAUUUUCAAAAAAGUGAAUAAACAUAACAAACAUUUAGAAAAAGGGGAGACAGUCACGACUUUGGGAAAUUCAUCCGCUAAGAAAAUUAAACUUCGAGUUCAUACAGGGCGCACUAGUAGCAACGCAGCUUUAAAUGGAAACUCGAAACAGAAUAUGUCAGAGCGGUUAAUAAAGUUUAACAAACAGAAAAAAGCCGCUAAAACCCUCGGAAUCGUGGUUGGGGUUUUUAUCCUUUGCUGGUUCCCUUUCUUUUUUGUCCUGCCGUUAGGUGCCCUUUGCAGUAAGUGCUCCCCUCCAGAGAAUGUGUUUAAGGUGAUUUUCUGGCUUGGUUACUGCAACUCCAUGAUGAACCCUGUGAUCUAUGGUUUUUCAAGUAAAGAAUUCAAGCGUGCCUUUAGAAAUAUUCUCAGCUGUAAAUGCAGAAACUCCGAUAGAUUUAAGCUAAUACAGAGAUACUCUUUUUAUGACCAGAAAGAACGAUCAAAUACCAAUUUAUCUUGUCAAAAUGGGAAAUCGAGAUCAAUUAGAAGCAUCAAAGGUGAUGAGCGUCUUAGAGGAGAAACAUUGAGGUCUAAAAACUGCAAUGCUCAGACGGAUUACUCACCAGUUGGCAAAUGUUACCUUGCUGCAAAUCCCCCAAGUUUUGAUAGUGAUUCUGUGUCCCUGAGUGACCACGUUUUGGAGGAAUUACGUCAGGAACAGAGGCGAUCCCCUAUUGACAAAUGAAGAAAGAUAUGUUUAAAA